GUCCCGAGUAGUCUUGAAGGUUCCUUCCCACCCGUUGUGUUCCCGACACCUGAUGAGAGCGAGUCAACCACGAGGAGGUGGAAGGUCCUUCCUGACAUCUGGCCAACUCUCGCGGAGCAGUAUGGCGACAAGAUUGCUCUUUUCGAUCCGCAUCACGGACAAAAACGAGGCUUGACGUUUUCAGAGCUCGAGAGUGCAAUUUAUGAUUUCGGUGAAGGUCUGCGCGUCUAUGGGCUGAAGCAAGGAGAGUGCGCCUCGCUGUUUGCUGAGAACUCGCACCGAUGGCUUAUCGCCGAUCAAGGCGUGAUGGACAUUGGUGCUCGUGAUGCUGUUCGAGGAGCGAAGUCCUCAGGAGCGGAAUUAUUUCACAUUUUGGAAAACUCAGACAGUACCGCUGUCAUCGUGGACAACGUCCAGGUUCUUGAGCACAUUGCGCCGUUUCUCGAAGCUUCUUCGGUGAAAGACACUGUCAAGUUUGCAGUUGUCCUUUGGCCUCCAGCCGGUAAAGGCCAGGAACGAAGUACUGACUGGAAGACCAGCAGCACGUGCUCCAAAUGGUUUUCUCUGUACUCGUUUGAAGAAGUUUCGGCGGCUGGGAGUGCAAGCAGGCUCACUCAUGAUGCUCUGUCGCGCUCAGCGCCUCGUCAAGCGUCCAGACCUGAUAACGUGGCAACAUUGGUGUACACUUCUGGGACGACCGGGAAUCCCAAGGGCGUGAUGCUCACGCACAGCAACCUGAUGCAUCAGGUCAAAAACUUUGAAUGUGCCCUAACGCCUGACGCUGGUGAUGUCAUGUUGAGCCUGCUACCCCCAUGGCACAUGUACGAGCGCUCAUGCGAGUACUUUCUACUGAGCCGUGGGGUCCAAAUCAUCUACAGCAAUGUCAAGUCAUUCAAGGAAGACUUGAUCAAACACCCUCCGGACUACUUUGUGGCUGUUCCACUUGUCUUUGAGGUUCUAUACAGUGGAGUCCAGAAGAAGCUUGCUGCAGCAUCAACCGCCAGGGCAGCAGUUGCCAAGUUCUUGAUAAAAGUCAGCUCCCUUCACAAGGAAGCUCUGCGCAUCUGGACAGGAAUGGCUGUGCUCCGCUCACGUGAAAACGUUCAGGGGCUCAUGUUUAUGAAGGCUGUGGCAGAAUGUUUGGGAGCUGGACUUUUAGCGCUGGUGCUGCUGCCUCUUCACCUGCUGGCGGAGAAGCUUGUGUACACCAAGGUCAAAGCUGCUAUCGGCAUAAAAAAGGCAGCUGUGAGUGGUGGAGGCAGCUUGCCGUCGCACGUGGACAAAUUCUUUGAGCAAAUUGGGAUCACUCUGCUCAAUGGAUAUGGGCUCACAGAGACCUCUCCUGUGCUGACAGUCAGGCAAAGUUCCAACAAUGCAUUGGGAAGCAUUGGGAGUCCCGUUCCUGGAACAGAGAUAAAGAUUGUAGACCUGGAGACGGGAGCUGGUCUCCCUGCAGGCCAACGCGGGUUGGUCAAGGCACGUGGCCCUCAAGUGAUGAAGGGCUACUACAAGAACCCGGUGGCCACAGCAAUGGCAAUUGACAAGGAUGGUUGGUUCUCGACGGGCGACCUUGGAUGGAUCUCUCCUUUGACUCCAGUUGGCGCUGCUCGAAACUCGGGAGGGCUUCUGGUCCUUGACGGCCGAGCCAAGGAUACCAUUGUUCUUGCCAGUGGUGAAAAUGUGGAGCCUGCUUUUGUCGAGGAGGCUGCACUUAGCAGCCCUGUCAUCCGCCAGAUUAUGCUCGUCGGCCAGGACGAGAGAAAGCUUGGAGCGCUGAUUGUUGUGAAUGAGGAGGAGAUGGAGGUAGCAGUGGCAAGCAUGAGAGCGGAGAAGGGGAUGGAGGGAGGCGAGGUGACAGAAAAGGAACAGAGGACUGUCGUUCGACAAGAGCUCACCCGCUGUUUAACAGAGGCAGGUUGUUUGCCGCAUGAACGGAUCGGUCCAUUUGCACUCCUCGAUGAACCAUUCACAGUGGAUAAUGGCCUCCUCACAGCAACAAUGAAGAUGCGGCGUGAUGUGAUUUACAGCAGCCACAAGGAGCUUUGUGAUCAGCUUUUCCAGCACUGA